GAGCGAACGAGGUGGGCGGUCGUCGUGCGUGGGGAGCCGUCUCCACCAAAAAAGAAUCUUUAACAAUCGUAAACGAUUCUCUUUUUACGGCUCCGAAACCACAGCAGCGGUGGGUACGGCGAGCAGGGCGGCAUUCACGGCUCACGGACGUACCAGCCGCGAUCGGGCACACGGGCGUUGCAUCAACAGCGGCAACCAAAUAAGAAACAAUAAGAUUUUCGCAAGUCAACUUGACAAAAACUUAAAAAAAAAAACCCCCACCAUGGGUUCUUCUGCCUUCGAUCGCCACUUGGAGGGCAACGUCGCUGGCUUAUUCUAGUCGCCAACCCAUCGGCAGCAUCGGCAGCAUCUUCCGACAAGAAUCCCAGAAUAUAUUCAAGCGAGAGGACGGACGCUGGCUUAUGAAAGCCUUACUUGAGCUGACACGCUCGCGAGCCAACAGCCCCCCCCGACAUCAUGAGCCGUAAGAGCAAGCUGCUGCGCCGGCUGGUGCGUUGCCGGUGCCUGCGCGGGGAGGAAGAGACCAUCUCCACCAUCGACUACUCGCACUGCUGCCUGCAGCAGGUGCCCAAGGACGUCUUCCUGUUCGAGAGGACCCUGGAGGAGCUCUACCUGGACGCCAACCAGCUGGAGGACCUCCCCAAGCAACUGUUCAGCUGCGUCCUGCUGCACAAGCUGAGCAUCUCCGACAACGACAUCUCCAUCCUUCCGCUGUCCAUCGCCAACCUGGUCAACCUCCACGAGCUGGACAUCAGUAAGAAUGGAAUACAAGAGAUUCCGGAGAACAUCAAGUCCUGCAAGCUGCUCACGAUGCUCGAAGCUAGCGUCAACCCGAUAUCCAAGCUGCCUGAGGGAGCCACUCAGCUCACCUGCCUGACGGAGCUGUACCUGAACGACGCCUUCCUGGAGGCCCUACCAGCCACCAUGGGCAGGCUGACGAAGCUGCGCGUGCUGGAGCUGCGAGAGAACCACCUGCGCACGCUGCCUCGGUCCAUGAGCGAGUUGGGUCAGCUGGAGAGGCUGGACUUGGGCAGCAAUGAGAUCUCCGAGUGGCCUUCCGUGCUGGAGCACAUGGUUGCCCUGAAGGAGCUGUGGAUGGAUGGGAACCAGCUGCAAGCUCUGCCGCCGGGCCUGGGGAAUUUGAAGCGGCUGAGCUACUUAGACGCCUCAAAGAACCAGGUGGAGACCAUGGACCCCGGCGUGGCGGGCUGCGAAGCCCUUGAGGACCUGCACCUGUCGUCUAACCUGCUCUGCCAGCUGCCCGACGAAAUCGGCUGCCUCAAGAGCCUGACGACGCUCAAAGUGGACGACAAUCAGCUGUCGCUGCUGCCCGAAGCCCUCGGAGACCUGGACAGCCUGGAGGAGCUGGACUGCAGCGGGAAUCAGCUGGAGCUGUUUCCGGCCGGCAUCGGUCGUCUCGCCAACCUGCGCACGCUCACCGCCGACGAAAACCACUUCUCCUCCCUGCCCCCCGAGAUCGGGAACUGCAAGAACGUGACGGUGCUGUCCCUGCGCUGCAACAGACUCGAGGUGCUUCCCUCGGAGAUGGGCGACAUGACUCACCUCCGAGUGCUCAACGUCAGCGACAACCGACUCAAGUUCCUUCCGAUCUCGUUCACAAGCCUGAAGGAGCUCACGGCCCUGUGGCUCUCCGACAACCAGUCGAAGCCGCUGAUCCCGCUGCAGGUGGACGAGCCGGCUGAUGGCGGAGAGAAGGUCCUCACCAACUACAUGUUCCCGCAGCAGCCUCGCGCGCCCGACAUGGAGUACAAGUCGGAGAGCGAAAGCUUCAACGCGGAGCUGUGGGAACAGCAGAGGCAGCAGAGGACGCAGGUCGCCUUCGAGUUUGACGACCAACGGGAGGAGAGGGACCCCGACACUGUCAAGGAGGGCACCCUGAAGCGUUACCCGACGCCGUACCCCGAGGAGCUGAAGAACCUGGUGAAGACGGCGCAGAGCGUCGUCAACAAGAUCCACAGCGACGGCGCCACGGCCGGCACCGCGUCCGGCGCCGCCGCUGCCGCUGCCAGGGCGGCCACCAGCAAGGAAGCGCUGUCCGCUCCUGCGGACGCCAGCCAGACGCCGGGAUUGCAGCCGACUGCCGAGGGUCUCGCGGAGGGCGCCAGCCGAGGGGGGCUAGCGAGCACGGUGGACGACGGAACGAUCCAGACCACCGGAGCGGUCGGCCUCGUGUACAGCAGCAGCAGCACCACUACCACCGUCAACAACGCCACCGUCACCAACACCACCGUCAUCGUCAACCACUACACCCAGGAGAGCGAAGAGGACAGCGAGGUGGAGGAGCAGCGCAAGGAGGAGGAAGAGAGGAAGCCCUUCCUCUCGGAGCCACAGCAAUCGGUCGCUCGGUCGCCACAACUCUCCGCCUUGUCGCAGCCCGUGAAGAGAGCCGAGGGGGCCGUGCCGCUCUCAAUCGGACUGGACCUGGACUACAACAGCAACCGCAACAACAGCAACGGCCUGAGCCUCGUGCGUGACCUCCCGCUGCUGCCUCCCCCUGCCGCCGACAGCAACGCUCCUGGUAGCUUCCACCGCCAGGCCCAAGAGAGUCUCCCGGACCAAACCAAAAGCUCUCCGAAAGGGAUCUCUGCUCAGUCGACGGUGGCGGAAGCCAUAGGCGGCGCAGUGAAGGUGAACGGCACGCCGGGCGGCUCGGGGCGGCCCGCCGUGCCUGCAAAACCCAGCGUCCUCUACUCCGCCAAAACCGAGAGCGUGGCGCUGACACAGAGCAAGGCGGCCGUUCCCACACCACGGCCGAGUGAGUCUCUCCGGCACGACGAAGCCGACGAUCCGGCCUUCGUUCCCCCUCCGCUCGGAGCCUUCGAGCGGCAACAACCGGACGCGGGCGCCGCGCCGGAACGGCGGGAUACCGCCGUGGAAUAUUCGUCGGCAGUGGUUACCGCGACAAACGUGGUGACGAUGCCCUCCUCGGAGCGGAGCGAAGCCGGAACUUUCGUUGUCGCGACGGCAGAGUAUGAGCGCUCACGGGAGCCUUCGCAUCUGAGCGCGGCGCGCGCGCCGCUACCCGCCCUGGCCCGGUCGAACAGCGCCAACGCGGCAGAAACCGCGCCGCAGGGGGGGGCGUCCCUGACCGCGGGGACGGCGGCAUCGGCGGAGGCGGAGAACGCGGCGGACGUGGGCAUCCCCCGCAGCCUCUCGGCUCCGCUGCUGGACGAGGAGCGUGGCGGUCGCGCCGGCCCGCCGGCCAUGCCCGCCAAGCACGUGAUCUACCACUUUGACAGCGACUUCAGCCCUCGCUCGCAGCGCGGCCAGGCGUUGGCUGCGCAGCAGCAGCAGCAGUACGCGCACGGCACUCACGAUCGCUACGCGCAACAGCAGCAGCAGCAGCAGCAGCCGCCAAGGCCAGUCGGCGACACGCAGUUCGUAUUCACGAGCCGGCACAGCUCGGCCUCCUCGCUCCCACGAACGCCGGGCAGCGGUGGAGGCGGGCAGCAGUUUGGCUACCGCUGCGUGGACGUGCCGCCGGGGGACUGCGCAGAUUACGGCUACGUGCACGGGCAGCAGCAGCAGCAGCGUCAGCGGGGCGGCGGCCUGGAUCGGCAGGGCAGCGUGACGUCGACGGGAAGCGACGCGUCCGGGGCGACGGGCUACUCGUACCAGGGCUACGCCAGAGGCAUGCCACACAGCGAGAGCGACUACAUGAGCCCGCGGGACGUCGCCGCCAUGAGCCGCGGCGGCGCACCCUACGGGCGGCCCGUGUCGGCACGGAGUUACACGCUCGACUCGGGCUUCUACACGCAGGCUCAUGGGCAGGGUGGCCGCCCCCAGUCGGCACGCCCGGGUCCCCAGCAUCUCGCGGUGGGCGGCCGUGAGCGAGCCCCCUCGGACGUCGACCCCCGCGCGGCGGGGAUGGUGGGGAUGGCGGGCCCCGGCGGAGGGUCCGGGGCCCGUGCCCGCUCGGAGCACUCUCUGCUGGCGGGGCCCGCUGGCGGCUCGGGGGCCCGCACACCGCCCCCCGCGGACUGGCGCGAGCAGCUGUUGCGGCACGUGGAGAACCGCAUGCUGGAGAAGGGUUCUCCGGGGAUGCCAGGCAGCCCCUUCGACCCAAGCGGUGGCGGCCCCCCUCGCGGGUGGGGUACGGUUGGCCGCGGCGACGGCGCGGGCGGCGGUGGAGGUGGUGGCGGAGGGGCGGCCAACUGGGCCACGAUGGGCCACCCCAGUGGCGGAGGUCACAUGACGGUGGACGGACCGGCCUACGGAGCGCGACAAGCCGCACGCGACUACAACCGGUUCCCGUCCCAGCCGCUGCUCGGUGGCCCUGUGGGAGGAUGCGAAGACUCGUACGGUGCCGGGGUCACCGGGGUCACCGGGGUCACCGGGACCCUGAGCCGCAAGGACGUCCCGCCGGAGACGCUCAAACCGCUCUCCCUACCCAACGGGGCGCCCUACCGAGGCCCGUCGUCCUCUCAGAUGGUUCGCCACCCGUCCCGCGAGGAGCUCAUCGACUUCCUGGUGCAGAGGCAGACCAUGCGCACGCCGACGCAAGGCCUGCAGGUGCUGCACAGGGUUCCCAGCAACCCCCACUCCAACGGCUACCACGCGGAGCAGGUGGUGGCGCGGCGACCAGAGGGAUACGCGGAGGAGGUGGUGGUGCUCAUUGAGAAGAACCCGGGCCUGGGAUUCAGCAUCUCUGGGGGCGUCGGAGGGCAGUCUGGCCCCUUCAGCCCUUCCAACAUGGGCAUAUUCGUGACGCGAGUGCAGCCGGACGGCCCUGCCGCCUUCCUGCUUCGCCCAGGGGACAGGAUCGUGAAGGCCAACGGCUACAACUUUGCGGACGUGGCGCACGAGAGGGCCGUUGCGCUGCUCAAGGGCCUGGAGAACCCGGUGGAGUUGGUCGUGCGACGCUAGCGCCCGGAUGCGUCGAGGGGAACACACGUGCCUAAACCACACCUCCUCCCUCCCCCUUGCUUUCCCCCUGCCACUACCCCCCCCCCCCCCAGAAGUUCGUCGGUCAUUUAUGUUUUUUAUUCUGGUGUCGGUGCCUGUGUGAGGAAAAGUCGCAAUAGCAAUAAUACUGUUUGCUUCCAUAUCAGCCGUUGCUGUUCAACAACGGUUUUUUUUUUAAGAUAUAUAUGUUAUAUAUUAUUAUAGAGUGAUGAUUGGACGCAGCUCGGGCGACGGACACUGGGUGGAGUGGGGGGGUCGGAUGUCAGGAGCGAGGAGAACGGCAGACAUUCCCUCCCACUCCCGGCACGCCGAUGAAGAAGGGAGCUCGCUAGCGAACGACGUUCCUGCGUGAACACUCCUGUCGCCACGCUCUUCUGUCGCCUGGUUUCUUCUGUCUGUACGGCUCGGUACACUUGGGGCGAUCUUGACCGGAAACGCGGUCCACCGCGGGAAAGUCUGGCAACUCGGUACGGCUUUGGCGUAGAGUCGAUAAGAGUUUUGUCGAGGCAGUGAAAAAACGGAGUUUGUUGAAAAAGUGUGUUUGUGAUGAGAAAAAAAAAUGGGUGGUCUACUGAUGUGAGCACGUGCUUUAGUUUUGGUAGUCGUGUAACCUCGUUCUGUAAUCUUAAGACAAAUGAUUUGGUGAUGCUGCUGCUGCAUUAUCAGCGGCGCACGAGCACAAUAAAAAAAAAACUCAACACCUUCGUCAAUAACACUGCCUUAAAAUGAAAUGUAUAUUUAAGGUGGUCUUUUGGCCAAUGGCCCUUCUUCGUAGUAACUUAAAUUGUGCUAUAUUUGUUAAUUGCCUUUGUGAAAGUUAAAAUGUCCUGUUUUAUGAGCUAUGAAGAAGGGCGACUGCCCGAAACAUCACACAUUUUAUAUAUAUGUUUUUUCCUUUCAAGGCCAAAGGGCCACAGUGCUAAUGACCAAUGUUUUGAGUUUUUUUUUUCUCUCUUUCCAUAACCUUAUUAAAAUUUGAACUUCCAAAUUGCCUACUUGAGGGGAGCAGUGAUCAGGUAUUGUCACCAUAUUUGGGCAACUGAUGAUUUUUUUCCAACCCCCUUAUACAAUAACACGUCGCGCAGCCAACUGUUGCUGGCUACGUCUGCCGUAAAGCAAAACGAAGGGGGAAAAAAUGCCUCUGUGUACCCCCACUGAUCUUUCGUUGUCGAAAUCAACCAGCAAGGUUCGUCAGCUGGUCCCCGGUCUGCCGGAGUGUCCCCGAGGUCCGCUUUAAGUGGAGCCCCCCAGUGUAUGUGUGCUUGCGCGUGCCUGUGCGCGUUCACGCGGAUUGGAUGUAUAAAAUGUUUAAGGCAGCAGCACACGAUGAACUGUGGGAUUCUAAGCGUCUGCAAAAAAAAUAAGUAAAUAAAAAAAGGCCAGGCCUGUGGUGGAGGGUAACGGUCACACUCACUGUGAGCACAAUUAAAGCGAAGAUUAGUAUAAAUAGCAGCGGUUAAGACAUUACUGAUACUGUAUAGUAGUUUCGUUGUUGUUGCGUGUUUAUUUUUUAAAACUUUAUAUAUUCUGGCAAGCAAAAUAAUUAACAUCAAUUGUUUCUUACUGUGAUAAUUUCUCCUCUCGAGGGCAUCAUCGUGUAUAUAAAGUUUGCAUUAACAGCAAAAACUAAAACAUACACGCAACGUUUGGCCCAGGACACGAAUAUCUCUUGUCGUCGCCUGCCCUAAAACUGCUGCGUUCCCCUCGGUUUGUCUGAUCGAAGUUUUUCAAAGCCGAUCAAAAGUAACGGUCGGGCUUGCCAUUCACUACGGCACUCCGCCGACAUCACUGAAUCGGAUCGGCAUUGCUUGCGACGUGCAGUCAGGGCACGCAUCUACAAGGCAUAUUCGUUGGGCCGCGUCCGUCUUUGAGUCGGUUUGAUGGGUUUGGGUGUUUGUGGGGGGUGGGGGGGGGGCCGUUGGUACUCGGCACGGAGGCGCCCGGUCCGAGCCGAGCUCCCAACGCGCCGCCGAUGUGGUGCGUGCGGCACCGGUCCCUUGCGGCAAGCUGCACGCGAUCGACUUGAGAUAUAAACACGAGGGGGGGGGGGGGGGGAGGUUGAGACGGGCGGAGCACCAGAUAUGACGGGUGGCUCGGGAGGUCCCGGUGUACGUUGGGUAUAAAAAUCUGGGGGGGGGGGGGGGGGGGGCAGCUGAGCCCUGCUACGUCUUAUCGUCGUCUUCUUCUUACGGUACUUCGGAUCUACUGCGUAACCGUGCAAGGAGCGCAGCUGCAUGCACGGCGGACAUUCUCAUAUCAAUCGUGGUUCCGCAAAAAAAAUAAAUCCCCCAUGCCUGCCACGCGCUAGGAUGGCGGUGCCCUGUAUGGCUCCGGUUACCAAGUCCGUAACACGUGCUGCUUCCCAGUGACCUGGAAAAUAUUCGGUGAGAAAUGAAGCCGUGGCCGAGCUUCGGUUUGUUUGGGGGGAGCACGGUUGGGGCGAGGCUGUUUGGGUUUCACUGGUGCCCGUCGUGAUGGAUGUUUUUUUAACAAAUAGAGUAAUCGAUUCUCCACCGGAGUUCUGCAAAACUUGGCCAUGGUCUUGUCACGCCCUGUGGGAUUGGAUGACUUGUUCUGCCCUGCAAGUUGAGCGACAUUCCUAAUAUAAUGAAAUUGGGGACUAUAAUGCAAAAAUAAAUAGCUCAAUUGUUGUGGUCACAGCAAUGUGGAUGAAUGUACUGUCAGUAUAAAUAGGAAAACAAUCGAAUUAUGUGACAAGAGUGGACAGGCCUUGUAAACGUUACAAUACGGUGCAUAUCGACUCAAUCUCAUGGCUCGGGACAUCUUGAAGGAGUGUGGCGCAUGUGUUUUCAGACGCAAGUUUCUCAUUCCAAGUUCAGUAACGAAUGCCUGUUGAGCCAUCGUUAAAUCAACGCGAGUUCGGUAGCGAGUGUCGGGAAUACCCGAUCAUCGAGUCUACCCGAUGAGACGAGAGGCAUUUUUAAAUCACCAAGGGCUUGAGUAAUGCGAUCGUCGUCUGUUUGUUUGCUACGAGCUUUGGUAAAAGGGCGGUUAAGCGAGACAUCAAGAUAAUGCCCCACGUUUUUAAAGCACCGUUUUAGUUCCCAUUCAGUGCAAGGGGAAUCAUGUGGCAGGAGGACAAGGGAAAAGUAUGUGAAGCGGGGGGAGGGGGGGGGCAGUGGAUGGAGCGGCAGGAGAGGUGGUCGUGUAGAGUCUUGUCUCUGGUCUUGUUUUGUCCUGCUUUUGACAAGUGCCUUCGACAAGUUUGCCUGUCCACGGACGAGGAGAGCAAUAUUUUUGAAAGAGCCAAAAUGAUGUACACUUGUUGCUUAAACAAAACAAACGAAUUUGUCACGUUACGUUUUUGCAGGUCGAGGGAUGUUUGAACGGAUUUUGUACUGGAAUUAGAAAGUUGUAAAAUGAAUUAACCCUGCCUGAUGAAGAGCUUUCCCAGAUGUAAUUCGGUGUAUUGGGGUAGUACCAAAACGGCCUGCUUUGCAUUUUUACACCCAAGAUUUUAUUUUGUCGUGAGUAGAGUCGCUAACCUGUGUAACUAAAGACCUGUGGGUUGCAUCGGUCGUUCCACUCGCUUAUUUCAAGCUCUCCACCACGCAUUAACGUUUUUUCUGAUGUACAUAACAAGAUGUGAUUUUAACCGUGUAUUAUAUUGACGCUUUGUUAACAGGGGUAUUGUAUCGCAGGGUGCAGUUUUAUAAUCACGGAGGGGUUUUUAUUAUUUACAAAUUUGGCUGCUGACACUAGCGUUAAUGGAGCACAUGCAUCAAUGGUGGUCAUUUGGUGAAUUAAUGAAUAGACUUGCGGAUAUCACGUAAAACCCAUUCUUAGAGAUGUAUGCCUACUCGUGUUUACGUCCAUCGUUUUACCUAAUCAUUUGUACAGGGGAAGCUGGAUUUAAUGUUCUUUUUCUAAUAUCUUUCUGGGAACAGGUGUUUUUUUUUGUCAAAGCUGUACUGUAAAAUUUAGAAGAGGAAAAAAAAAUACAGAUGUACAAUAAAACAUUCCACUGGGAAAAAUUGC